UCACUCAAGCAAGUAUGACAAAGCAAAACUUCAACUGCGAUCGACAACUCUUAAUACUUCCUGGGACCUUCAUAACAUCUUACGGAUAUUCAAUAACGGGGACAAAAGAAAAUAGCAGAUAAUACACGCGAAGAUAAAAACAAGACAUAGCCUACAGGAACGCAAUUCUUGAACAUUCAAAACUCUGGAGACACAAUCAGAACAAAAAAAAUGAAAUCUUUCACUGCACUUAUUGCUGUCACGGUAGUGUUCGCUUGUAUUUGCGUAUUAGGCAGCGCUGCUGUUCCUCUCUCUGAGGUGCAGACCGGUGAAACGUGGAAACCUGAGGCUGAAAUGCAGGAUCUUGCAGUGACGUCACCAGAAGUCACGAAUUCCCUGGCCCUGUUCAGGACAAAACGUCAGAGUCACAUGUCUCUGUGCCGAUACUGCUGGAACUGUUGCCGCAACAAGGGCUGGGGAUUCUGCUGCAGGUUCUAAGACCUGCUGGCAUCGAACCGGCUGUCGAGACUUUCCCGUCACGGACCAGGCUCACUAACUAUUUGAUAGCGCUUCUUUCAAACCCAACACUGGAAUUCGAAGACUGUUAUCGGCAGCCAGUUCCUUUCAAAUGCCACUACUGGAACUGACUGCCUUUUCAUGGUUGUUUGUUGCUUUCAAACUCGGCUCAGGAGUCUUGCCUAACCAUUUGUCCCAGGAACCUUCUUAUGGAAUGUAUCUAGCCUACCUGAGCAGAAGUCUCUCGUAGCACUCUUGCUGCUCAUUUUCGUCAGUAGUCAAUGACAAAUAUUGAUAUUGAUUUGACUUUUGUAGCCUUCUAUUUAAAUUAUUUUGUACCUUAGUUUUGUAUUUAAUCUGUAAACUCUUUUUUUCAAAUGGUUCUGUGUAAAUAGUUUCAUAAUUGCUUAUGUAUGUAAAUAAUGCAAAAUGUUUUUUCUAAUAAACCCAAUAAUAUACUU